CAAGGGAGGAGAACCCGCAUCCGCCCCCGGUCGCCGCCCGGUGCUCCGCAUCCGCCAGCGUACGGCCCGCCCGCCAGCGCCGGCGUGGAUGGGGAAGCUCGUCGCCCUGGCGCGGGAAGCAGUCGGGGUGGACCAGGAGCUCGGGUACUCGGUAGUCAAUAAGCGGUAGGUUGGUGGAGGACGUCGUGGCGGGGCGGGGCAGGGUGAUGAAGGCCCUGCGGCGAUCCAGCACCUCCUCCUCCUCGGCGGCGCCGGCGCCGAGGGCUCCUUCGUCCCCGCGGUCGUACUCGUGGAUCCACCGCCGGUCCCUCCUCGUCACGUCGUCGGCGUCCUCUCUGGCGGCCUCGGGGAAUCCGGCCGCGGAGGAUUCGGAUUCGGCGCCGGCGCCAGUGGCGGCAGCUUCCUCGUCGCCCUCGCUGGCGCCCUCCUCCCCGAACGUGGACCGGGGUGGAAUUAAAUCUCCGUGGUCUCGAAGAAAAAGAAAACGAGCACUUUCUUGUCAACAUUGGAACCGUCUAUUUUCAUCAAACGGGAAGCUUCGUGAUGGGGGAAGAAAGUUUCUAAAAAAAGUUCGCAGUGGGGGAAUUGAACCAGGCAUCCGGGCUGAAGUUUGGCCAUUUCUACUUGGAGUUUAUGAUUUGAACAGUUCUGAAGAGGACAGGAAUGCCAUCAAGCUAAAGAAAAGGAAAGAAUAUGAAAAGCUGAGACGACAGUGCCAUCGCAUUCUGAAUUGUUACAAAGGAAAUGGGCUGAAUGUUAUAAAUGAGUUUAUGAAUGAGGAUGUUUCUGAUGGGGUGGAAGGAUCAGAGUCACCUCAUUCUGAAGGUGUCAGUAAGAGGGCUUGUGUGUUGCCCAAAGAAUUGAAAUCUUUAGGCAGCAAGGCAGAAGAACCAGAGAGUUCUAACUGGGCUUCUGUGGAAGGCAUGGAUGAAGAUACAAGUGAGUUAACUUAUGUUGAUCCAUGUAUUGCAGAAUCAGAAUCUUCUGACUCUGAGUCUUCCUAUGAAGAGGACCCUGACAGAACACCCGUCUCUACCAAUUUGGAAGAGAACUGUGAUCCCAAACCAAAAUUUGUCCGGAGCGCAUCAUCUAAGUCAGAAAUUUUUAUAUCUGACAAAACUCCAGAGGAUUUUACCACAUGGCAGCGCAUUAUACGUGUAGAUGCUAUUCGAGCAAAUACAGAAUGGGCCCUAUUUGCCCGUAAUCAGGCUGAAGUCUCUAAAGAGAAAGCACUGCGGUCUGCAAUAACAGUCGGGCUGAAAGAUUAUGACCAUUUGGAGCCUUACAUGAUUUAUCAUGCUGCACGAUUAGUUGCAUUGCUUGAGGCAUAUGCACUCUAUGAUCCAGAGAUUGGGUACUGUCAAGGAAUGAGUGAUCUCUUGUCACCAAUAAUUGCAGUGAUGGAGGAAGAUCAUGAAGCAUUUUGGUGCUUUGUAGGUUUCAUGAGGAAAGCGAGGCACAACUUCAGGCUUGAUGAGGUUGGAAUAAGAAGACAGCUGAAAACCGUCUCGCAGAUCAUCAAGCGCAAAGACUCGCACCUCUACAGGCACCUGCAGAAGCUUCAGGCCGAAGACUGCUUCUUUCUGUACCGAAUGGUGGUGGUUCUCUUCAGGAGGGAGCUCACUUUUGAGCAGACUGUGUGUCUAUGGGAGGUCAUGUGGGCUGACCAGGCCGCAAUUCGAGCUGGGAUUGGAAGGUCCACUUGGGGAAGGAUAAGGCUUCAUGCUCCUCCUACUGAUGAUUUGUUGCUCUACGCUAUCGCUGCCUGUGUCUUGCAGAGGAGGAAGCUGAUAAUCGAGAAGUACAGCAGCAUGGAUGAGAUAUUGCGGGAGUGCAAUAGCAUGGCCGGGCAGCUGGAUGUCUGGAAGCUCCUAGAUGAUGCGCAUCACUUGGUUGUUAACCUUCAUGACAAAAUAUGAUACUACUCUUUCCUCAGUUACGUUUGGUAGAACAUAUGCAGACCUGAACAAUUUUCCGAGGUGUAUAUUUAGCAUCUAUCUAUCUACUGCCUGUCACCCGGAAUAAAAACCCUUGCAUGGGUACAUAGAUCGAACCUUGUAGCUUCAAGUGAGGACGAAGUUGUCUUCACUUCAGUUAAGCUGAUAAACCAUGGGUUAUCACCGUGGUUCUGUCGUUGCAAGCCAUCCAUAGUUGGAACUUCAUGGAAAAUCUUGUUUUUGCUUCAAAUAAUGUCUGUUCUGGGCAAAAACAUCAUUUUCCCUAAAGUCUUUUAUAGGACAAGCAAGUUCCCAGAUGUUGGGUGUAAUGUAAUGUGGAGUAAUAUACUAAUAUCAAUGUCAAGUCUUUACUGUCA